AUGGAGAGCUUUAUUGUUUCAUCUGCAAUCAUUACACUGUUCUGGAAUUUUAAUUUCAUAUCCUUAACACAUGCAACUCUUAGUCCAAGUGAAAUAAUUGUCAACAAUUCUAACGAAUUUUACCAACAAAAUGAAACCGAAGUUGAGCUAUUUCAAUGGCAAGAUUAUAGUGUUCUUGCAGCGAUGCUUUUUAUCUCUUGUGCUAUCGGUGUUUUUUAUGGAUAUUUUGGAGAAAAACAAAUGACCGGUGAUGAUUUCUUACUUGGAGGAUCUUCAAUGGGAACAUUUCCGAUGGCUUUAAGUUUAGCUGCAAGCUUUAUAACAGCUAUCGAGUUAUUAGGAAAUCCAGCAGAAAUGUACGUCGCUGGGGGUCAGUUUUGGAUGAUAUGUUUAGCCUUUAUACUUGUGAUUCCUGUGACGAGCCAAUUAUACCUUCCAGUUUUUAUGAGGCUUAGAUUAACAUCAUGUUACGAGUACUUGGAAGUUCGCUUUUGCAAAUCAAUGCGUGUUUACGCCAGCGCACUUUAUAUGAUGCAAAUGAUAUUGUAUACGGCAGUGGCAGUGUACGCACCGGCGCUCGCUCUAUCUGAUGUGACGGGAUUGAACACGUACUUAGCAGUUUCAGUCGUUUAUAUAGUCUGUAUAUUUUAUGCGUCUCAGGGUGGCAUGAAAGCUGUUAUAAUGACGGAUACGUUUCAAUCAGCUGUUCUCCUUGGAUCCCUAGCUGUAGUGCUUGCACUGGGAAUAGAACAAGAAGGCGGCUCAGAUUCCAUUUGGGAUUACGCACGUCGCACUGAACGACUACACUUUUUUGACAUGAAUCCUGAUCCUACUGUUAGGCAUUCAUUUUGGUCAGUGGUUGUCGGCGGCACGAUAUAUUGGAUAAGCAUGUUUUGCGCAAAUCAAGCAUCCAUACAAAAAUAUUUGUCCGUUGAACGCUUAUCACAGGCCCGCAUCGCCCUUUGGGUGUCUGCUAUUGGUCUAGUAUCAGUCUAUUCUGUAAAUUUUGCUACUGGAGCACUCCUAGCUGCUCAUUAUGAAGGAUGUGACCCGAUUCAGGCUGGCGUGAUCAAUGCUUCUGAUCGUCUCCUUCCGUUGUACGUAGUUCGGCAGCUAGGAGAACAUCGCGGUGUUCCCGGAUUUUUUGUAGCGGGCAUAUUUGCAGCUAGCCUUGGGACUGUAGCGUCAGCACUAAACUCCUUAUCAGCUAUUGCCUGUCAAGAUUUGGCUACUGGACUUCUUGGCAUAACUUUACCCGAAAAUAAAGGAGCAGCAAUUGCAAGAUGGGUAUGCCUAGGAUGUGGAGCGCUUUCAUUUGCGUUAGUAUUUGCAGUCGAGCGGUUAGGGCCGGUUCUCCAGCUUGCACUCUCAUUUAAUGGUAUGAUUGGAGGUGUCUCAUUGGGACUGUUUAGUCUGGGAAUGUUAUUUCCUUGGGCUAAUGCAAAGGGUGCCAUAGCGGGAGGUGUAUGCGGUUUGGUCCUAGUGUUGGCUGCAGGUGGCGGAGCACAGCUAGCGCAAGUGUCGUUGCCAAGACUUCCUACAUCAAUUGAAUCAUGCCCUGCAACUCUUAAUCUUACAUCUCAUAUUGACCUUAAUCCUACAGAAAACCACGAUGACGCUGUCUUCUGGUUAUUCAGAGUAUCGUAUUUAUGGUACACGAGCUUGGGAUGUGUGGGUACAUUGCUCAUUGGUCUGGUGGUCUCCGUCAUCACUGGGGUAACUGACCCUGCUGAUGUCCCCAUAGACUUGAUAUCCCCACCGGUGGUCAACUUUCUUAACUCAUUGCCUAUCAAAAUAAAGAAAGCGUUACGCAUCCCGACCCGUUUGGGCUCAGAACGACGCAGAAGCUCCAGCGUGAGACCGCCGAGUUUAGCCGACGAUAAGGACACGAGGCGACGGCGUCGGCUUUCAGAACUCGCGGGCGGUGUGUUCUACAGCGACGCGCCCACGCUCACUCGAGGACACGACAACCUGGCGAUGGGACUGGACUCCGAGAAACCGACACCACACGAGCACAAACGAACAAGCUUUAAACUCGAUCCUCCAUUGAACCCGAACACCCCGCAAACAUCGACAUGUUAAAGUUUAUUUAUUGUACCUUGACUUAAUUAGAAGUACACGCCCAAUGUAGCUUUAUGAUAGAAAUUUAUAACUUUAUGUAACAUCAUUUACUAUUUGGUACUGAGGCGAUAUUGCUUUUUGUUAGUAGGAAACCCAAGUGGACAGAUUAUGGAUAAAAUUCGUGAACCGACUACAUGUUUCGAAAAAAAAUUCUUUGUAAUUUCUGGCGUACAGUCGAUUUUUUUCUAUUACAGUAGCUAUAGUGCGAUUUUGUUCGCAGCAAACAUACCUCCGUAAGUUAUGGUCGUAAGUACUAACAUACGCUGUUGAACCAACGCAUUAGAGUGAGUGUAUUUUUUAAUUGUCUUAGGAAAUAUUUUAAGACAAUUAUAAGAACUUAAGAUAUGAACAGUAUUUUUAGUAAGUGAUUUACUUUUUUACCUAAUAUAUUAUUAACUUACAUACUAGGUAUACAAAUUCAUACUACUAAGUCUUGAAAGUCAAAAUAAAUUUUAUGUAACCACUA